AUGUCGUCGGCUCUGCUCGAAGUCAUCAAGAAUCACCGUGAAAAUGCUGAAAUAUACACUGAUCAAUUACUAUGCGUGAAAAAGUCUUUCGAACUCCUCGAGGAAAUCAACAUGCCACGUGGACUUCUCCCACUGGAGGACAUCGUGGAAGUUGGUCGAAACCAUGAAACUGGGUUCGUAUGGCUGAAGCAGAAAAAGGUAACGGAUCACUGCUUCAAAAAGAUUAAAAAAACUGUGACCUACGCUGCUGAGGUCACAGCGUUUGUUGAGGACCGUCGACUGAAAAAUAUUACUGGGGUCAAGACUAAGGAGCUGUCUUUCUGGGUUAACAUUUCUGAUAUUUGCAUUAAGGACCCUGAAUCCAAGAAAAUCAUAUUUGGCAUCCCCAGUGGAAUAAGAAGGACGUUCCCAGCUUCUGCCUUCGAAGAAGAGGAAGAAAAGAAAGAAGAAGAAAAGACGAAAGACAAGAAGUAG